GAUUACGGAUAUACGGAGAGAUUUUGAACCCGACCGCUCCAGUUAGGCCAGUCAGUCGGUUUCGUAAGCCCGCAUACGUGGCAACGGGUCAAACGUUAAGUAGGGUUCAUCCCUUAGGAAUAAGCAGAAGCGCGUAUAAAAUAAAUUCCUUAAGCGAGGUCAUUCUCAUGGAAGAGAAAUAUAGAACGGUGACAAACUGUGCUGAAUUAUCACCGCGUCGUUUUGUGCUCUGAUCAGUAGGAGUACCGAAGGCACUCUCGGAUCACAUGUUUUUGUGAAAAAACUUUUACAGAUAGCACUAUUAAUACGCAACGUUUCCACCGUUCGAAACUUUAUAUAUUUUUUAAUACUUCAAGGUCAGAGACGGCUGACGCGUCCCAGGCAGUGAGAAUGGCAAGUUCACCCGUAGAGCUGAACGAGUCGGGGGGGCUCAACAAACCGGAGGAACCUCUCUUUAGCAGCCUUGACAUCGUACUUUUGAGUGCCCUCUUAUUCGCCGCGAUAUGGUGGCUCAUGCGCCGCAACAAAAAUGACGAUUUCACACCAUCCACCAAAUCUUACUCGAUACAACCAACGUCGUACACCGCGGUGACGCCUUCGGAAAAUUCUUUCGUUAAAAAGUUGAAGACUUCAGGACGAAGUUUGGUCGUAUUUUACGGAAGUCAGACGGGAACCGGAGAGGAAUUCGCGGGACGUUUGGCCAAAGAGGGGAUGAGGUAUCAGAUGAAAGGUAUGGUCGCAGAUCCCGAAGAGUCCGAUAUGGAAGAACUCGUCAACUUGAAGGAAAUAUCGAAGAGCAUGGCGGUAUUUUGCUUGGCGACUUACGGCGAGGGUGAUCCGACUGAUAAUGCUAUGGAAUUCGUCGAGUGGCUUAAGAACGGAGAGGCCAAUCUUACAGGAUUAAAUUAUGCGGUAUUUGGCCUCGGUAACAAAACCUACGAGCAUUACAACGAAGUCGCCAUCUACGUGGAUCACAGACUCGAACAACUCGGAGCAACUCGAGUUUACGAACUCGGUCUUGGCGAUGACGAUGCCAAUAUCGAGGAUGAUUUUAUAACGUGGAAAGACAAAUUUUGGCCGGCGGUGUGCGAAUUUUUCGGAAUCGAGGGAGCCGGCGAGGAUGUAAGCAUACGGCAGUAUAAGCUGACCGAACAUUUGGAUCUUCCGGCGGAGCGAAUCUAUACCGGUGAAAUAGCUCGUCUGCAUUCACUGAAGAGCCAACGACCGCCUUAUGACGCGAAGAAUCCGUACCUCGCGCCUGUCAUAGUAAACAGGGAGCUCCACGGACCAACUUCCGAAAGAUCGUGCAUGCAUAUAGAGUUCGACAUCGAUGGAUCGAAGAUGCGUUACGAGGCGGGUGACCAUCUUGCCAUUUAUCCAGUAAAUAGUGAAGAAUUGGUGGUGAAAUUGGGCGAAAUUUGCGGCGUCAAUUUGGACACGGUCGUUACUCUCACGAAUACGGAUGAGGAGUCAACCAAAAAGCAUCCUUUCCCGUGUCCCUGCUCGUACAGAACGGCGCUUACUCAUUAUCUCGAUAUAACGAGUAAUCCGAGGACGCAUAUUCUGAAAGAAUUGAUCGAAUACGCGAGCGAUCCUGCGGACAAAGACAAGUUGAAACUCAUGGCCUCGACGAGCACCGAGGGCAAGGCGCUCUAUCAACAAUGGAUAGUUCAAGAGAAUAGAAAUAUUGUACACAUCCUGGAAGAUAUACCAAGUUUGAAACCCGCUCUCGAUCAUCUUUGCGAGCUUUUGCCGAGAUUGCAGUGUCGUUACUACUCAAUAUCUUCCUCUUCGAAGCUCUAUCCGACCUCUGUUCACAUUACCGCGGUGGUCGUCGAGUACAAGACACCGACGGGUCGAACGAACCGAGGCGUCACGACGAGUUGGCUCAAACAGAAACAUCCGACUGUUCCACCGAGCGUAGUGCCCAUUUUCGUCCGAAAGUCCCAAUUUCGUUUGCCCACGCGUCCCUCGACGCCCGUGAUAAUGGUCGGACCGGGUACGGGCCUCGCUCCCUUCCGUGGCUUCAUACAAGAUCGUGACCUCGCCCGAAAAGAUGGCAAAGAGGUCGGUGACACGAUCCUCUACUUCGGAUGUCGAAAGCGCGACGAAGAUUAUCUCUAUAAGGAGGAGCUCGAAGAGUUCGAGAAAAAUGGCACACUCAAAUUGCAUGUCGCCUUCAGCAGAGAACAAGCGAACAAAGUAUACGUAACCCAUUUGCUCGAACAAAACAAGGAUGAAAUUUGGGAUGUCAUCGGACCCAAAAACGGCCACGUUUACAUUUGCGGAGAUGCUCGUAACAUGGCUCGAGACGUUCACAACAUACUGUUGAAGGUUGUGAUGGAAAAGGGAAAAAUGAGCGAACUAGAGGCUGUUGCUUAUGUCAAAAAAAUGGAUACGCAAAAGCGUUAUUCGACCGACGUGUGGAGCUGAAGAUUCCUUUACCUUAUCCUCUCAUGCACUUCUAUUGCAAAUAUUGUCAAUCGCGGUUGCAAGAUACCCUUCGAGUAUUUUGUACGAUGUCUUGUUUUUAUUAUCCUCAACGAUAUUCGUCGGAGGAUUCUCGACGAGGGCAAGAUCGUGUUCCAUCGAGAACGUGAGAUCGAUCUUUAUAGACAAAUUUAUCUUCAAUUCAGCUUUUUUUUCUUCGUAUUGAAAGCGAAGAUUUCGGCGACGGUAAUACGUUCGAAAGUGACUUUUGUAUAGCACAAUCGAUUCGCGUGUAUAUACAUUCAUUUUUUUGUGCAGCAGAACGAACGAAUGCAAAAUCAUUGUCGCCAAUCGUUUAUCGUACUCGCUGGAAGAUGCGUCGAAUUCAUCGUUUACGAAGUAAGGUGUUGGAUUGCACCAAUUAUAUUAUUUGGCUAGUGGAUAUACGGAAAUCUUUAUUCGGCACGUUUUUGUGUGCCAUAUAUGUACUGGGAAAUGUCUCAGGAGCUUCCUCCGUGUGUACGUAUCCACUUAUGACACACGCACACGCACACAUUUACAUCAUGCUUGCAUGCGAGAACAAUUGUUGAAAAUAUAUACAUAUUUUUUAUAAGGGCAACCUCAUAUAUAUGAAAAAAAAUUCAUAGAAGAAGAUAACCAUGAUAAUAAAUAAUAGAAUGUAAAAAUUUAAUUGUAAUGAUACACUGGUAGUUUGUAACUGAUGUGUAAAUAAUAAUUGAAUCAAAACUA